AUGCCAGUCGCUGCAGCAGCAGCAAAUAAAGGCAGAGCAGCAGCAGAUGCAGCAGCAACAGCAGCAGCUGCAGCAGCUGCAGCAGCAGCAGCAGCAGCUGCAAGCGCAGCUCUUGUCUUCAACGCAGCAGUGCGAGCAGCUGCAGCAGCAGCUGCAGGAGCAGCAGCAGCAACAGCAGCAGCUGCUGCAGCAGCAGGAGACAGAGCAGCAGAAACACAAACAAGAGGAAGUGCUGCUGCAGCAGCAGCUGCAUCGCCUGCAAAUGCAGCUUCAGAAGCAGCAGCAGCAGCAGCAGCAACAGCAGCAGCAGCAGCAACAGCAGCAGCAGCAGCAACAGCAGCAGCGCAGCAGCAGCAGCAACAGCAGCAGCAGCAGCAGCGCUUGCAGGAUGAGCUGCAGAGCAGCAGACACCAAUGCCGGGAUUUGCAGCAGCAAUUAAACACAAAAGAGCAGCAGCUGCUGCUGCUGCAGCAGCAGCAACAGCAGCAGCAACAACGACAGCAGCAACAGCAGCAGCAGCAACAGCAGCAGCAGCAGCAACAACAAAAACAGCAGCAGCAGCUACAAGACAAACUGCUGAGGUGUAUUGCUGAGAAGGAGGAAUUGCGAGGCGCGCUGCAGCAGCUGCAGCAGCAGCAACAGCAGCUGCAGCUGCAGCAGCAGCAGCAACAGCAACAGCAGCAGCAGCAGGAGAAACAACAGCAGCAACAGACGGAAUCAUUGCAGCAGCAGAAUGAACUGCUGCAGCAGCAGAAUGAACAGCUGCAGCAAACGCUAGCAGCAAUGGGGCAGCAGCUGCAAGUGCAGCAGCAGCAGCAGCAGCAGCAACAGCAACAGCAACAGCAGCAGCAGCAGCAGCAGCAUUCAGAAGAGUAUAAUCUGCUGCUGCAGGAGUAUUGCUGA